AUGGCAGAUAAUGAGCAAAAGGCGAUGCAGCUGAUAGCAGAGGCGGAGAAGAAGCUAAAUUCUUCGAAAUCUUUCCUUGGUUCCUUGUUCGGCGGUUCAUCAAAGGUCGAAGAGGCGGUAGACUGCUAUCUCCGGGCAGCAAACCUCUUCAAGAUGGCUAAGAAGUGGGCACAGGCUGGGCAGGCUUUUUGCAGUGCGGCCCAGCUACACCUCAAAGCUGGUGUCCGUCAUGAUGCUGCAACUAAUUUCGUAGAUGCCUCUAACUGUUAUAAAAAAUGUGAUCCUAAUGAGGCGGUCUCGUGUCUUCUAAAAGCGAUUGAGAUCUACACAGACAUGGGUCGCUUUACUGUAGCCGCUAAACAGCAUCAGAACAUAGCGGAGCUAUACGAGACAGAAUGCGUGGACCUGGCUCGCGCGAUGCAGCACUACGAGCAGGCGGCGGAUUACUUCCGCGGUGAGGAGUCCACCUCCUCCGCCAAUAAGUGCAUGCUUAAGCUGGCUCAAUACGCGGCGCAGCUCGAGCACUACGACAAGGCUAUACAGAUCUAUGAGCAGAUAGCAAAAUCGUCUCUGGACAACAGUCUGCUGAAGUACAGCGCCAAGGAGUACAUGUUCAGGGCCGCGCUGUGCCAUCUUUGUGUAGACAUCCUGAAUGCGCAGCACGCGGUUGAGAAAUACUGCGCUUUGUAUCCCGCUUUCGCCGAUACUAGGGAAUGUAAACUUAUUAAGGAAUUGAUCGAGCACCUCGAGGAGCAGAACAUAGACGCUUUCACCGAAGCCGUGAAAACAUACGACAGCAUAUCCCGACUGGACCAGUGGUACACCAGCAUGCUCGUUCGUAUCAAGAAACAAAUCAAUGACAACCCGGACCUCCGUUGA